AGCAAACGAGCAACUAGCAACUAGCUACUCGUAGAAAUGUAUAAAUUCAAAACUAUUGCAUGUUGUUGAUCUUGACAACGUUACAAACACUUCAUUCUAACUGAUAAUGAUAUAAAAAAUCCACCAGCUAAAAAGAUACAACCGCCUUUCCUCCAAAUCAUGGAAACGAUCGACCCCGCUACAGGUCAACCUCUACCACCCGACGCCCUCCAACGAAUCCUCUUCAUCGCAUCCUCAGUCCACAUCUACAACAUCCCACCACUCACCUCGAACAAAGGCUACGUCGCCUCCACCUGGACAGCCGACAACAACAAACGGCAAAUCUUCACUGCACGAAUUCGCAUUCUGGAAACCGCAAUCCCAGACAAAAAUGGCGAGGAUAAAGUGAAAGCAGAUAUAUUACUCGAAGAUCCAAGCAACGGUCAAUUAUUUGCCGCGGCUCCAUACACUGUCACAGAAGUGGUAGAACAGGUAUUGGACAGUUCGCGAUUUUUUGCCGUGAGGGUCCAGGGCGAAGGAGGAAGGAAAGCGGUUCUGGGAAUAGGAUUUGAGGAGAGAUCGGAAGCGUUUGAUUUUAGCGUGGCGUUACAAGAAGUGAGGAAGACGUUAGGAAUAGAGGAGCAAGGGGGAGGAAAACCUACAUCUGCGGGGAUGAAGAAGGAGUCGGAGAAACCGGAGGUGAAGAGGGAUUUUAGUUUGAAGGAGGGUGAGACGAUUACGGUUAAUAUUGGAGGGAGGGGUGCGGGAAGGAGGACUCCGAGGAUGAGUGAGGAGUCUGAGAAAGGGGUCGGUGGGUUUUCUUUGCCGCCUCCGCCGGUUGGUGCGAGCAUGGGGUCGUUUUUACCACCGCCGCCUAGUGCCCAGGAAGUGAAGGCUAAGAAGAGAUUAAGUCAGAAUAAUAUGGAAGCUCCUUCAUUACCGGAACCAUCGGCUGAGGAGCUAGGAUUUGAUGAUGGGGAGUUUGGAGAGUUCCAAUAGAGAAAUAUUGAACGUCAAGACUUAGCAAGGUAGGCAUAUGGAUGUGAAGAUUCGAGGAAGACGAUGAGCAAAAUUAGGAAGCAAUUUUGGCCAUGGAAGCUCUACGAGUCGAUUUUUCUUGAUCAAAACUGAUGGCAUAUUGAAGAUCUAAUGCUAUGUCAUCCUUGUGAUGAAACCACUAGUUGGAACCUGGCAGCCAUAGUUGAUGAAAAGUGUAGUAGCGUUCUCAAAACAAAACCUCCUGUCAUCGCAAAAGCUUCUAACAAAGCUCAAUCAACCACCUGCACAGAGUAAGAGAUCUCAAUGGCUACAAAGGGGCACUAUUCAAGGCGCUCAAAGAUCGGAAUGGAGUUCACAGAGAGAGGAUCGAGAUCAAUCUGAGAAAUUAGGUGGGUGUUACUUUAUCUACAUCAAUGAAUUAAGACCCA